AUUGCCUUUCUCCCAACAGUUUCAGAAGAAGAGAACGUGCCUCCGCGCGAAAUGCCGCCGCACCCGACGGGAAUCAAACUGACGCGCCCUGGUUACUACACUAUACCGUCGCUGGACGAGUUGAUUUCGUACAUGCGGCCAGACGGCUCGUGCGUGGUGCCACACUUCACGGUCGGACGACACAACUAUGGGAACGUAUUCUACGAGUGCGAAAUGGACGUGGCUAACUUGGACCUGGACAAACUCGUCCACUUCCUGAACAAAGAAGUAAUAAUAUACCCUGAAGACGCGGACAAACCGCCCGUGGGAUCAGGGCUCAACCGUCGUGCAAUUGUCACAUUGGACCGUGUCUGGCCGCGUGACAAGACACAGAAGCGACCCAUCACCGAUCCGGACAGGUUGCUUCUAAUGGAGUGCGAGGCGAAACUGCGACGCGUUUGCGACAAGCACGAUACCAAGUUUGUGGAGUACCGCCCGCAGACUGGCAGCUGGGUGUUCAGGGUGGAACACUUCAGCAAAUACGGCUUGACCGAUUCGGAUGAGGAAGACGACGGUCCCACACCCGAAGUGCUGAAAAGACAGCUCGUCAAAGACACGGUGCAGAAAGCCGCAGCGCAACCAGCACCACAGCCCACUGCAGUCCAAUCGCCCGGCCUCGGAGGUUUAGGCGGCCUCGGAGGCCUCGGUGGCCUCGGAGGCCUCAGCGGUCUUAGCAGUCUGGGAGGCUUGCCGCCGUCCGAAGACACGUUGUUGGCUAUGCAUCAGACGUCGCUUAAUUUACUCAAUGGAGCUGGGAAAGCAUUCGAAAUGGACACCACUGAAGACAAUACGGAGUCUCAGAGCUUGUAUCAAGACAGCAGAGCGUUGGGCGUCAAGAGUCCCACUGGCGAGCUAGCACGCUUGGAGCACAGACAAAGCCACCGCCAUCAGCUGAUGAAGGCUUCGCUGUAUGCUGACAUUGUCCUGUGGCACGCCUGGCUACUGUACAAGCACUACCUCGUCCGUCAUAUGCAGUUCUACGCCAGGCGCUAG